AUGAAAUCGCUGUCCCCCCAAUUCAUCAAGCCCUGGCUUCCCAAGUCAUCCCCUCCACUAUAUGUCUUCAAGAACGCCACCAUUAUCGACCCUGUCACCGGCACCUCUACUCCAUCCCAACACAUCUUCCUUCAAAAUGACAUAAUUGCGGCCAUUACUUCAGACGAUACAACACUCCCGGCAGAAGCCUCGGAGGCUACCAUCACCGAUGUUGCUGGCAAAUAUAUUUGUCCUGGUCUCAUCGACGCCCACGUCCACAUCGCCGCUGCACCAGGUGACUCGGAUUUCUCCAAGGUCAUGUCCACACCGGAGCAUGUUUCUAUGCUCCGCAUGACCUACAUCUGUCGCGACAUUCUCGCCCGCGGCUUCACCACUGUCCGCGACUGUGGCGGCGCCCCGUAUGCCCUGAAGCUUUACAUCAGUGGUCAUGCAUUGAGCCAGACAGGUGGCCAUGGUGAUUUCAGAAGCUGCCAUGACCAUUCACACUGUGUAUCCGGGUUUGUCUCCGGACUUGGAAGAGUCUGCGACGGUGUAUCGGCCUGUCUGGCUACAGCGAGAGACGAGAUACGUCGAGGAGCAGACUUUAUAAAGAUCAUGGGCAGUGGCGGAGUCGUCAGUCCAACCGACAGACUCGAGGGCAAACAGUUCAGUCCAGAAGAAAUCCGAGCAGUAGUUCUAGCUGCAUCGAAUCACGGGACGUACGUGACAUGCCAUGCUUAUUCGCCUGAUUCCAUUCGCAUCGCCAUCGAAAACGGCGUCAAGGGCAUUGAGCACGGCAAUCUCAUCGAUGAGCCAACAGCCAAGCUCAUGGCGGAGAAAGGAUGCUUUCUCACUCCAACGCUCGUCACAUAUCAAACCCUAGCGGACCCAGCAUUGCCUCAAUUCUUGAACGAGGAUUCGCAGGCAAAGAACAAAAAAGUCCUCACCAUGGGAAUCGACGCCCUCAAGGUUGCCAAGAAGGCAGGUCUCACACUUUGCUACGGGAGUGAUCUUCUUGGACCGCUUGGGAGAUAUCAAACCCGGGAGUUUAGCAUCCGUUCAGAAGCUCUGAGCAAUCUUGACAUUCUUCAAAGCGCAACUGUGAAUCCUGCAAGGAUGAUUGGCGAAGCAAACACCUUGGGCCAGGUCAAGACGGGGUUCAAGGCGGACUUGUUGAUUCUAAAUAGCGAUCCACUAGAUGACAUUACGGUGUUUGAGCGUUAG